AACAUGCCCGUCGGCACCCCCAUCCACCGCCUCAUGAUCGACCCCUACAUCGCCGUGGUGGCGGGGGCCCUGGCCACCUGCAACAUCCCCCUGGCCUUCCUGGAGCCCACCAUCGCCAACUGGAUGAAGGAGUCCAUGGGGGCCAGUGAGUGGGAGGUGGGCCUCACCUGGCUGCCCGCCUUCUUCCCCCACGUGCUGGGCGUCUACGUCACUGUCCGGCUGGCCGCCGCGUACCCCCACCUCCAGUGGUUUUACGGGGCCCUAGGCAUGGCCAUCAUCGGUGCCAGCUCCUGCCUGGUGCCAGCCUGCAGGAAUUUCGGGCAGGUCAUCAUUCCCCUCUGCGGCAUCUGCUUUGGCAUCGCCUUGGUGGACACAGCCCUGCUGCCCACCCUGGCCUUCCUGGUGGACGUGCGCCACGUCUCUGUCUACGGCAGCGUCUACGCCAUCGCAGACAUCUCCUACUCUGUGGCAUAUGCCCUGGGGCCCAUUGUGGCCGGCCAGAUUGUGCACACCAUGGGCUUUGCGCAGCUCAACCUGGGCAUGGGGCUUGCCAACGUGCUUUAUGCCCCUGUCCUCCUCUUCCUCAAAAAUGUCUGCCAAAUGAAACCCUCUCACUCAGAGAGGAACAUCCUCCUUGAAGAAGGACCUAAGGGACUCUACGAUACCAUCAAAAUGGAGGAGCGCAAAGGCAUGGGCAAAAGCCUCCGGCCAGCAGGUGACACAGAGGAGAACGGCAUGGACUCCUACCACAGAGACCUGACAGGAGUGUCCGAGGAGGACUCCUCAGACUAUGAGUACAGCUAG